UAAUGGCUACCAAAUGACACAAAAUGGCGGAUCUUCAGCGAUUUGAUUUUUCCUGCAGUAAAAUAACAAAAUGAAGACAAGGUUGCAACAUAUCCAUCGUGACGACCAAGAGAGAACUCCAACAAAAAAGAUGAAACUUCUUUCUGAACAUAACUGAUCGACAACAAAAUGGCGUCGUCUGUUGUCAGAAGGAACAAGGCGUACGGGAAUCCUAUCCGGAUCUGCCCCCAGCAUCCCCGGAAGAAGAUAGUGAGCGUAUGCAACACGUGCGGUGAGCAGUUUGUGUGUCUGUUAUGUAUCGCCGCCGCCCACACUGGUCACCGCCUUGUGGAGACAGACGAUUAUCUCAAUGUCAAGAAAGUGUCGCUAUCUGGUCUUCUGGUAGAUUCUGAAGCAAAGAUUAAAACUGUUGACGAGCGAGUGGAAAAGGUUCAGCAAUACCGAGCGGACAAUAAGAAAAUUUUAGAACACACCAUUCAAACCGUGGAGAGUAGAGGAACCGAGCUGAAAGCUGAAAUUGAUAAAAUCAUAAAAGAUUUUACUCAACGCUCCAAGGAGGUUGGUGAGAAGAAUAUGGAGAUACUCGAAGCGAUUGAGAAGAAGUUGCUUUCACAGCUAACUGAUAUUACUGCUAUAGUCAACAAAUGUAAAAAUGCGUUGGCAAAUGAUAAGAACGCAGAUAUGGGUUCUUUGGAGAAAAGCCUUCGUAUUGAAAAUUCACGGCCCUUCAAACCUUUUCCUGUGUUACAAUUACCCAGCCUCAUCGCGGAAGAGGAUCCUGCAGCUCAGCAGUUAAUCCUGUUUGGUUCCAUGAAUAUAAAAGAUUGGCGCCUCGAAAUCUUCGACCCGAAUGAUGACGAUCUCAUUUCGGAUACCUCAAGUAGCAUCACUGGAAAAAGCAAACUGAAGGCAACAUCGGUGAAGGCCAUUGCGUCCUUUCGUCACGUGACACAGGGGCGGAUCUCGACUGUCGCCCCUACCCUGGACGGGAAGGCGUGGAUUGUGAAGGGCGGUGGUUGUGAGGCCGACCUCAUGCUGCAGUCUGGAGAUACAAAGCAUACGACAGUGGUGGAGUCCUAUCUCAAUAUCCUCGACCUCAUGGUGAAAGCGGACUCGACGAAGACUGUGCUUUUGUGUUCCGACGGAACCAUUCGGAACAUCCUUCAGACAGGGAAAACCAACACGAUGUACCGCACCAAAUACCCGGUCACGAGUCUAUGCGAGUCUGCAGAGGGUGGCAAUAUAUGGUUCACCCAGGAUGAUGGCAAGGUUGUGAAAUAUUCUCGGGAUGGCGAGAUCUCGCAAACGAUAAAUACGGAUCCCUCGGGCCGGAAACUCUUCUCAAUGCCAAUCCGGGUCCGCGUUAACAGACGUACGGGGGACAUGGUGGUCAUUGAAGACUCGCUCCCUCGUCAUGUCCUCAUCAUGGACAAAAGGAACAAUAUUCUAUUCCGUUUCCAUGGAGAUCUUACACUCGACGAACGUGAGAAUCAUGUUGAAGAUGGUGAAGGUCAAGGUCGGACACGGUUCAUCCCGACAGCAGUGUGUUUUGACAGAAAUAACAAUGUAAUUGUCUGUGACAUUGGCAGCAAGUCGGUCAUGUUAGUAGACAGACGAGGCCGGGCGACGAAGAGUCUCUGGCGCGACGGCAACAUGCCGACCAGCUGCGGAACACAGCCUAAUGGCGACCUGUGGGUGGGAUUCUCUAAUGGGAAAUUGAAGGUCCUUAGAUACCUAAGUUAAUGUUUGUUAUAACCACGUGUCGACGCGGUUUUCAGAACAAUUCUUGCUGCACACGUGGAGGAGGUAUUCCGAAGCGGUUUCUGGACUUUCGGGACUUACUUUCCUGUCACCAUACACAUGUGAAGUAUUCGGUACUGAAAACUACUCAAUUUCGUGUUUAUAUCAAAUAUCAACAAAACAGUUGACCCGUGGCUGUAUUCAGUGAAUGCUGUAUCUGUACAUGAACCACUGAAAUCAAGUACAGUAAGGAAAACAUGGACAAUCUGUCCUCAGUGCUGUGAGAAAGAUUAACGUACUUGACACAAGGAAAUAAGACCACUGUCGUGAAUAUAGUAACCCUAUAAUGUGUGCUAUCAGGUUAUUUUUGUAAAGCAUUCGGCCACGGCUGAGAACUAUAGACAGUAUAAUCAUGUCGAAAAUAAAUGCGACAGUUAUAGAUGAACUAUGAAUAUGACGUUCUGCGUAUAGGCCUGAAUGGUUGGUAUGGUGUUGUGAACUUCGGGAUUUGAUAAGUAAGAGUGUGUAUGUAACUUAUAUCAAUAUGAUUUUAGCCUAUAUAAGACUUUGUGGAAUUUACAAGCACAUAUCUUCAACGUUCCUCCUUCUGUGACGUAAUCAAGAAAUAACCUGUGCCUUUAUAUCAUGGAGGAAGAUACAACAAGGAUGAAACAUAUGUUGAACUAUGCUUAACGAAGGCUUACAGGCCAGAACUAUAUUUUUCGCAACAUUUUCGUAUACUGAGAUAUAUUUUCCACAAUAAUAUUCAAACAUAUUUCCCAGCUAAUUA